GUGCUGUCAGUUCAUAUGGCUAACGCUACUGUACAGUAGCUGUUAAAAAAUAAAGAGAUUUGGCAGAUCGAGGGCACUCCUGUGUUUUAUCACGAGGAUUUUCCGGUGGAUUCAGAGUCACGGUUUAACGGAUAUUGAUAAUACAUGGAGUCUUGGAGAGCCAUGCAUUUUCUCUCACAUUUGGCAGGCAGGCAUUUCUCUACAGCCAGGGUUCGCACUGGGAGAGCAUCACUUCAUUUUGGCACCGCUGCUGGCUGGUGAUUUAGCAUGAAUGCUAGCUUACUAAUAUGUAACACGCAUGUUUACAUGAACCCGGUGAAGCGACGUUUACAGGCUGCGUAAAGUCAUUUUAACGACAUGCAUUGUCGUUCCCCGCUUCAUGGGGAGUUAACGCGCGUCCCCCCGUAAGUCACAACCUCCAGACUCAAACUCUGAAGUGGCUGUUUGGUGUAAGCUGACUGGAGACAAAGCGUGGACAGCAGACAUCACUUUUUUUUUUUUAAAUUCAACAUCAAUUUUGCCUUUUGGUGCACCCGGUACCCUGCGCACUGACUUGUGGGUAGGUCUAAGAGCCUUGGUGGAUCUACUGUCAUGCAGGACUGAUAAGGACCAGCUCUUCAGAGAGGGGAUCAGACUUUCACUGGCACAGCACAUUGGACGGAACAUGGAGUGUUAAUUGAUACCUGCUCUCUGACCUGGCAGCUCCUCCUUAUAAUGGGACACUAAACCAACUUCUCUCCACCCUGUUCCUUCAGCUGUUGUCCACAAGCCUGUCUCCAGAUCAGUGUUACCUGUCUGUCUGUGAGAGGCUGAUGUGUAUCAGUGAGAAGUAAUAUUUGAGCUCUGGGGUGCAGGAUGCAUCACAAUCAGGGGUUCCCAAUCAUUCCUACAUCAAGGUCCUUAGAAUUACUGCACAAACACAGUAGAUAAAGUUGAAGACGCACUGCUGCAGUGGACCUUAUUCAAGGUUCUUGCUGUUAACUGUUGUUACUCUACCUUUCUGGGGCAGAGACAGCUGUGAUCACCUCUCAUUUUGAUGAGUGCAGACUCACUGGAUACACCCCUCAGGGGCCCCUGCUGGUCCCUGGACUACAAUUUUUUUUUACAAAGAAAGAGCUUUUAUUGAAGAUGCACCAGAGACUGAACCGGAAUGCUUAACAAGAGUCAAGUUUACAAAAAGUCAAUCAUGCCUAUCAGGAAAAAAGACACGGCUCGAGCGCUGGUGCUUCUGGAGGAGUACUGCACAAAACUGAGGCAGCCGGAGGAGCUGCAGCUCAAAACUGCCAUUCAGAGAGUUAUGGGGAUUUUCAAAAGCAACCUGUUUGAAGCUCUUCUUGAUAUCCAGGAGUUCUAUGAAGUGACGCUGCUGAACACACAGAAGAGCUGCGAGCAAAAACUGGAGGAGGUCAACCACAUAGCAGACGAGUGGGAGAAGAGUGUUUCCAUCCAAAACUUUGAGCUUGCACGCUCCCCCUGUCCGUUGGAAGAGCAGAGGGAGCAGAGCAGCUCAGAGCCCAGCGCGAUGGAGCAGGAAGAGAGCAACAUCAGGACCUGUGAGAACAGGCCACCAGCAGUACAGAGGUCACCCACCAACGGCCAGCCCCCACCCUGCAUGAACUCUGCCUUGAUGAACGCACCCUGGCAGUACCACUACCAAGAAGACGACUCUCCUAUCGACCAGGGUUUCCCCCGGCUAACCAAUGAGGUGCGCGCCCCUGAGCUUGUGCAUGUGUCUGAGAAGAACCUGUCGGAGAUCGAGAAUGUGCACGGCUACGUGUCCCAUGCCCACAUCUCUCCCCUCAAGGCCAGCCCAGCCCCCAUCAUCGUCAACACAGACACUUUGGACUCAGUUCCUUAUGUCAACGGCACCGAAAUCGAAUAUGAGUUUGAGGAAAUCACUUUAGAACGGGGUAACUCAGGACUGGGCUUCAGCAUUGCUGGAGGGACAGAUAACCCACACAUCGGUGACGACCCUGGUAUCUUCAUCACCAAGAUCAUCCCUGGAGGUGCUGCAGCAGAGGAUGGACGCUUGAGGGUGAAUGACUGCAUCCUGCGGGUGAAUGAUGCAGAUGUGUCUGAGGUCUCUCACAGUAAAGCAGUGGAAGCCUUGAAGGUUGCAGGUUCGAUUGUACGGCUGUAUGUGCGGCGCCGCAGACCAAUGCUGGAGACCAUCAUUGAGAUCAAACUCAUCAAAGGACCAAAAGGGCUGGGCUUUAGUAUUGCAGGUGGAGUUGGGAACCAGCACAUCCCAGGUGACAACAGCAUCUACGUCACCAAGAUCAUAGAUGGAGGGGCUGCACUGAAGGAUGGCCGACUACACGUUGGAGACAGGUUGUUAAUGGUGAACAACUACAGUCUGGAGGAAGUGUCUCAUGAGGAAGCUGUGGCCAUUUUAAAGAACACGUCGGACGUGGUCUACCUAAAGGUGGGAAAGCCCACCAAUGUCUACCUUUCAGAUCCCUAUGGGCCACCUGAUAUCACACACUCUUUCUCUCCAGCCAUGGAAAACCAUAUCUCUUCUCCCAUCAACAGUGGCACUCUGGAGUACAAGUCUAGCCUCCCUCCCAUCUCCCCCGGGAGUUAUUCCCCCCUCCCUAAGCACUUAUUGGGGGAAGAUGAUAUAAACAGAAAUCCCUCAUUAGACGACGGGGAGGGUCACAGGUUUGAUUCUCAGCACUUCCAGUUGAGGCCUCCUGAGCCAGUUUACAGCACUGUCAACAAACUUUGUGACAAAGCACCCUCCCCCCGACACUAUUCCCCCGUAGAGUGCGACAAAAGCCUCCUCCACUCCGUCCCCCUCCCAAACUAUCACUUAAGCCUGUUCCCUGAGUCGGACACCAACAGGGAACCCAGGAAAGUUGUGCUCCACAAAGGAUCCACAGGCCUUGGUUUCAACAUUGUGGGUGGUGAAGACGGCGAGGGCAUCUUUGUUUCCUUCAUCUUGGCAGGAGGGCCUGCUGACCUGAGCGGAGAGCUGAGGAGAGGCGACCAGAUUCUAUCGGUUAAUGGCAUCGACCUCCGAGGAGCCACACAUGAACAAGCAGCAGCAGCGCUGAAAGGAGCUGGACAGGUGGUCACCAUCUUUGCCCAGUACAGACCAGAAGAACUUGCUCUUUGCUCCCCGAGACGGGCCCACUCUCCUGCACCAGAGUACGGGCGAUUCGAGGCCAAAAUCCAUGACCUGAGGGAGCAGAUGAUGAACCACAGUAUGAGCUCUGGCUCAGGAUCCCUGCGAACUAAUCAAAAGAGAUCGCUCUAUGUGAGGGCACUGUUUGACUACGAGAGGUCAAAGGACAGCGGCCUCCCCAGCCAAGGGCUCAGCUUUAGGUACGGGGACAUCCUCCACGUCAUCAACGCCUCAGAUGACGAGUGGUGGCAGGCCCGUCGUGUCACGCCCCAUGGGGACAGUGAAGAAAUGGGUGUCAUCCCCAGUAAGAGAAGGGUGGAGAGGAAAGAGCGGGCACGCCUAAAGACUGUGAAAUUCAACGCCAAGCCAGGGUCGUUUGAUUCUAAAGGGUCAUUCAAUGACAAACGUAAAAAGAAUUUCAUCUUUACACGAAAGUUUCCGUUCUACAAGAACAAAGAGGGUGAGCAGGAUGGCAGUGAUUCAGACCGAAGUCAAGACGACGUCAUUAUCUCAUAUGAACCUGUGAUGCGGCAAGAAAUUAAUUAUGCCAGGCCCGUCAUUAUCCUCGGACCGAUGAAGGACCGGAUCAAUGACGAUCUGAUUUCAGAGUUCCCAGACAAGUUUGGCUCCUGUGUGCCACAUACCACUCGGCCUAGGAGGGACUACGAGGUGGACGGGCGAGACUACCACUUUGUGAACUCCAGAGAGCAGAUGGAGCGGGACAUUCAAGAGCACAAGUUCAUUGAGGCCGGACAGUACAACGAUAAUCUGUAUGGAACGAGUGUCCAGUCUGUGAAAUACGUGGCAGAGAGGGGGAAGCACUGCAUCCUGGAUGUGUCUGGAAACGCCAUCAAACGACUACAAGUAGCACAACUUUAUCCUAUCGCCAUCUUCAUCAAACCUAAAUCUAUUGAUUCUUUAAUGAACAUGAAUAAGAGACUGACAGAGGAACAAGCCAAGAAGACUUUUGACAGGGCGAUGAAGCUGGAGCAGGAGUUUGGAGAAUUCUUCACAGCGCUGGUUCAAGGAGACACCUUAGAGGACAUUUAUAACUACUGCAAACAGGUCAUAGAAGAACAUUCAGGACCCUAUAUCUGGAUCCCCUCAAAGGAGAAACUAUAAUAACUCAUCAUCCUGCAAGGGAGUCUGGACUGCUAGAAAACUAGUAAUAAGUUGUAACAAAUGGUAACUGUAUGGCAGUGAACAGUCCUCAUAAAUGAUUAUUGUGAAUAUGUUUUAUUUCUUUUUUUUUUUUAAUGUCUUCUGUUUGGUUAUUGCUUUAUUUUUCACUCUACAUGAAUGUUCCUGAAUGUAAACCACAAAGUGUUCAGAGGUUUGAGGUUUGAAACAUGGACCGUUUGUAUAUUUUGUUGGUUUCAAAUGGAGCAAAAAGGGUGAAGUAGUAAAGCUGCAUUCAUUCCAGAUACAUGUCCUCUGAGUGUGGAGUUUCAAACAGGAAGCUGAGGGCUGCAAAUAAAGUGCAGAUUUCUCUCCUUCAAUAAAAGAGAGAGCCUCGGUCUCGCUACACUCUGCAUCAACUAGCAAAUAAUCACAUGAAGUUUGUGUUUGUCUCAUUUUGUAUACAUGUCUCCCCAGAACACGACUUUGCUUUGUUUUUUUUUUACAUCGUCUUCUUUCCUUAAAUUAUUGUUUGUCUGUCUCUGAUAAUGUUUGAAGAAAAUGUAUGAUUCACUUGUAAAGUUUUUCUUUUUGCAUUGCAUUGCAUUGUUGCAUUGACAGUGAUAUGUAAAGGGAGAAAGCUGCUAUCGGCUACAGAGAUGUAACAUUAUAUUUUGCUACUUAAAUUGCUAGAGGGCACAAAAGCACAGAAUUAUUUAUAAGUGAAAGUUUAACUUUGAUUAAAAGGUCAUUUAAGGAGCAUAUUCUGUUUGAGUGAUGUAGUAUGUUGUGUCUGUGCUAACACGUUCUGAUGUUAUGGUGAGGGGGGCUUUAGAUGGUCACUGUAUUUUAUAGGUCUGGAGUCAAAGAUGUGAUUCAAUUUGACUCUAAAACACAUUUGUAGCUUUUAACACAAACAGCAGGAAAGUGAAGAAAGGGAAUAAGAAGUCAAACACUUUUUUAAUGUACUUUCAUAUGUGAAAGAAAAGGAAAAAACAAUUAAAAUCACAGAGUGCAGUUCAGUGUUGAAUAUUAAUAUUCUGAGGCAGUAAUAUUGAUAUUACAGAGUCACUCAGGAUUUGAAAGAGCAGAAAGGAGUGUUUUUCAGCUUUAUUUUUUAGAGCUACUGAUUCAAAGGACUUGUUCUCCUCAGGCAGACUGUUCCAAAGUUUUGAUAUGAAAAAAAAAACGAUGACAAUGAACAGAACUAUAGCUUGCGAGGAACAUCUGACCUCCUUGUUCAAGAACAACAUCUCUGUGUCGCAUCGCUGACGCCUGCAGAGGAAGGGUAGCAACAAUAAUCAGGACGUCCACAGUUCUGUGCGUCCUGCUGAAACCAUAUUUAAGAUAUUUAUUCUCAAACUACAACAUUUCAGCAGUGGCUCACAGGUUGUUAUUCUUUCUGUAGGACCUCUGGCUCUCCAAUGUGGUUGCAUUAAUAUUAAGAGGAUAGAUGUGGCUGAAUUUAAUGCAGUGUAGUUUUAAAUGACUCUGAACAGCUGCCGCUUGUGUUCAGUGACAAGCACAGCGAGCUGACUGAACUGGACACAAAAAGUCAAACUUAUUUCAUCUCAGAUAUCACGCUUUAACUGAGAAACAGCAACAGGCACACUGCCAAACGUCCCAGGUACAACUCAUGCUUGUUUUUUUUUGCAAGUUUUCUAAUUAGUGGAUGUGGACUCUACACGUGGUUUGAGAACAGUUACACUCCUACACAUGACUAUAUAUAAAUCUAUUUAGCAAGGGACCUCCUAAUGCCCAGAAGAAGAGAGCAAAACCACUUUCACUGUUUAUAUAAGAGCCUAAAUAAUGUUUGAAUUCACACGUGAAAAAUUGACAAUCUAAUCUCCAAUUGGUUGUGACGCACUAAAUUCCAGAUGCUGAGUGUUUCCCAUCAUGACAUAAAAAAAAAUGUAGUGACUUUAGAAUUGUUUUUUCAAAAGCUCAGAUUUCAGGGACCUAAAGUGCAGUUUGCAUCCUGACAAAAAAAAUAAAUAGCAAAGCUUUAUAAAGACAUAAAAAUAAGUGAAGAUGUGGACUAGAUUUACAGCGUUGAUUUACUAUCAGCACUGACCCUAAGGAGGUGAGCGUCUCCUGACUGUGCUUCCAGUAGAAAGCUGUUCAAAGAGCUACAAUCACAGCAGUAUUUCUCGAAGGUGCCAUGAGACAGUUACCAUCUCAUUUAGAAGACAUUUUCUGUCUCUAUAACCAGAUGUGGUCUAAAAAACAUUUGUUAAGCAGAACACCUGACAGGACAACAAGGCCCAUCCUGAAUCAUCCUCAGAGAGCCAGGAGGAGUGAACGAAGCAACACAUCCACUUCAUAUACUUUACUCACCAGUGGCUUGCCUUGUAUAAAGGGAAGAUCAAAUACCUCUUCUUGUUAAGAAUUAAAGAAGAAUAUAAACCGUCAUGUAUUUAAAGCACCUGGAAUGACUAAUGCAUUUAACGUGUGAUAACCUCCCUGCCCCGUGAAACUGCAAUGCAACUGGUUGUUAGGUUCCCAUUACAACAAUUAGUGAGUGAUUUAUAUUCCCAUAAUCCUGCUGUUAUAUCUCAGCAUGUUUCCCCCAACCUGUUAGAACGUUAUGCUCGUAGUAACACGAAAAGUAGGUAUGUUUCUGAUCAAGGGAACGGUUCAAAAGUGCACUUAUUCAUUCCUUUGCACUGUACGAUCAUUUUAACUAUGGACAUUUUAAAGUAAGUGAAAUCCAUGUAUAAGUGUGUGAAAGUCACAGAGAAACCUGAGAAGACUGACUUGUUUUUAUGAACCACAGACUGUAAAAGCACUUAGAACACUGGUUUCCUAACAAGUGUGUACUUUGAGGAUUAGAAUUAUGUUUAUGUGAACUUUAAAAAAAAUCUGUUUUCUCCUGUGCUCUUUCGUAAGCUGGUUGAGAAUUUGUGACCGAUGAAAGAAGAUGAACAAGUUAAUAUUUUCAGCACAGAUGUGUUAGACUCACCACUACUGUUUCCUUUAAUUCUUGUGAUUUGUUUCAAGACGUCUGCCAGCUUUCUUUAUCAAAUUGUCCAGAAGGUGUUGGUCACCACUUGCCUUAACAGAGUAAGUUUACUGUAAGUCAAAGAAGUCAAGCUUCAACACGUACUUUUCAUUUGAGAACAGAACAUUUUAUUUCAACUUAAGCUACGGAUGGCUUCAUCACAUCCUUGGUUGUGUCAGUAUCAGACAUGCUGUGGAUAAAGUCAAAGGCUAAAGACAUAACUAUGAGAGUGUAUAUUCAAAACAUACUUCUCUCUGGCUACGAUACACACAUUUUUAAAAAAUACUCCUUAACAAGGAACCCAAAUGUCUGGAACCCUGUUUUCAAAGUGUUUUGGAUAGCAAUAUGAUGAGAUGUCAAAGAAAUUAUAACUUUAUAUCUUGGCUCCGUAUUAAAACUCAAACUAACAGCCACUGUAAACAUUGUAACACAUGAUAUUUUAAAGGCAAGUGAGGAUUUUGUGUGGAAAUGUAAAGGUUAUCUGACCUAUGCAUGCUGUGGAUGUGCAAUACUCAACACAAGUGAAGCUUUGGGGAACCUGCUGUGUUUGAAGACAUGAACAUGACUCAUUAAAAUUGUGUCUAUUUUAAAGUUAAAUAAAAACCCUGUUGUAAGA